AUGAAACUACAGCCUUCGACUCUUGAUAAGGUCAGGAGUGGGGAAACAGGUUCUUCCGGGUGGCUUGUGCCCGCCCCUCUGCCGCGCCGCGCCGCGCCCCUCGUGCUCAGUCGGCGCGCCGGGGCGAUGGGCGACCGUUGGCCCGCGGUCGUGCGCGAGGUGCUGUGCGAGGACAAGGCGGUGCUGGCGGACCUUCCCUGCUACACGGAGCCCGCGUUCGCCGCGGAACAAGUUCAGCAGGCUGGCGCCGACAAGGAGAAGGGCGCAGGCGCCGACGGCCGCGUGCUGGGCGCGGGCGAGAAGCGGAAGGCCGAAGACGGAGAGCCCGGCCGCGACCUCAAGAAGGUUGGAGGAGGGGCAAUUCUGGAUCUCCUAACCACCUGCACCAAUGCCAACAUUGUUUCGAACUGUAUUGAUACUCUAUGUUCCUCCUGA